UUAUCUAUGAGACGAUGGAACUCAUUGGCCCAUUGCCAGAGCGGUGGAAACCGUACUGGAAUUCGAAGUGUUUCGAAGACUCUGACGGCAACUUCACGAUCGAUCCUGACGCAAUAUGGAAGGAAAGAUGUCCUCCUAAGAACGAUGACGAUGCGACUGGCAGUGUGGUCACUGUGGUGGGCUUGCUGCGUGACAUGUUGUGCUGGGAGCCAAUGGCCCGUCCUACAGCGGCUGAUUUGCUUCAACAUCCUUGGUUCGCGACCUAACCAUCGAGCUGGGCUUACUUCCGCGGAACUUGUAUCUCCAGUCAUCAACAGUCGUUGAGACAUUACCGCUCGGCUCGUCGAUACAAAACCAGCAACGAUAUGUUCUCUUGUCUAAUUUUUGUCGCUACGUCCAUACGGUGGAAACGUCAGUGUUUUGUGCUUGUCAAAAACACCCAGUUUUAAAAGUCAUCUUUGCUGGAAUCUUGAUUCAUGUGAAACGUUGGCAGUUCGGUGAGUGAAGUUUGCAGCCCCUGAUUUGCGGCUUUGAGAGGUGGCGAAAAAAUAAUUUUGUUGAGUGUCCGGUACAGGAAGAAGUGUUUGUUGUAGUCGGAAUAAGUGGGGGUGACUACGAUGUUGUUUUUCAUGCCAAUACGAAUUUUGUUGUAUUAUUAUAUUUGUUCA